GGAGGGCUGCAUGGAAAACUGGAAAGACAAAACAAAAGCCACACAUUUCAACCAACAGGCGCUGGUCGCUUUUUAUUUUUAUUUUUAAGCCCAAACAAAAUCGAUUCACUAUUCGUAUCGAUUUCCGUUUAACGUCAAUUUUAGAAAAGUUUUGCAUCAUGCCGAGCAGCACGUCUUUGCUGGAGGCCGACGAGGGAGAGUCCGAGGUCCCACCGCCGCUAGUGCACGCUUUCGCCGGUAUGGGCCUUGAGGAGCACCACGGCACCCAGAGCCAGACCCCCGAACAAAUAGACGAGAGCAUCUCCUUUCACCGCCACCACCAGCUCCCCCCGGUGUCCCAUUUCAGCCUCCUCGGUACGGUCUUAGACUUGAAGCCGCUGCCUCUGCAUCGGCCGCCCUCGGGAGAUGAGGUGAACAAAACGGCUGCGCCCGAGGACGAGGAGCCAGAAGUUGUAGCCGACUCCUCGCUGUUAGUGCAGGCCCACCGCCACCAACACCUCCCACCGGGGCCGGGUGGCUCCGUGAUGCCGUCCGGGAUGGAGCCGCCGCACGUCGAGACGGUAUUGCUGUACAAUGGAGACGACCGGGACGAUACUGGAGUCGGCGGCAGCGCCCUACCACCGGCUGGCAGCAUGGCGAUGCUGCCGCCCGGCGUGUACGGGGAGUCGGGCUACGAGGCCGAGUCGGCGCUGUUGGCUCGGCGAAAGAGCGUCAACACAACCGAGUGUGUGGCGGUGCCGAGCUCCGAGCACGUCGCGGAGAUCGUGGGCAGACAGGGCUGUAAGAUUAAAGCGCUGCGAGCCAAGACCAACACCUACAUUAAGACACCGGUGAGGGGAGAGCAGCCUGUCUUUGUUGUGACGGGGCGCAAAGAAGAUGUGGCCAUGGCUAAGAGGGAGAUCUUGUCUGCAGCCGAGCACUUCUCCCUCAUCAGAGCCUCACGGAACAAGACGGGCCCUCUGACUGCUGUAACCGGUCCAGGGACCCCCUCUCUACCUGGACAGACGACCAUUCAGGUGCGGGUACCAUAUCGUGUUGUUGGGCUGGUCGUGGGUCCCAAAGGGGCAACCAUCAAACGUAUUCAGCAACAAACCCACACCUACAUUGUGACGCCGAGCCGUGACAAAGAGCCGGUGUUUGAGGUCACCGGGAUGCCGGAGAACGUGGACCGGGCAAGGGAUGAGAUAGAGGCGCACAUCGCCCUCCGCACAGGAACCUGUGGAGGCAUUGAGGCCCCUGGUGUAGACAACAAUGACUUUCAAUUCAACGGGACAGACGUCAGCUUUGAGCAUUCUGCACCACCAGUUGGGUUGGGGGAGGCUGGGUGGCUUCAUGCUGGUGCAUCAUCACCAAGUGGUGGUGGUGGUGGUGGCUUGCUGCCAGUGAGCAUCAAUGGUACUCAGCGAAUCAAUAGCAAUAUUAACAGUGGUGUCAGGAUGUCUUCCACCUACCGCAACGACAGCUCCAGCUCUCUGGGCAGCGGCUCCAGUUCAGCUGAUUCUAUGUACAGCAGCAGUAAUGGUAACCGGAUGGCGGAUUUCAGCCCAACCUGUCAGUUUAAUGCCAACGCUAACAACAACAACAACAGUAAUGGCGGCAAUACAAGUUUCUGGUUUGGUGAGAGCCUUCUUCCUAUGGGGUCCGACGAGCUGGUCAGCCUGGGAGGCGGAUCGUCAUCCUCCUCGGGGUUUGACCCAUUAACCAUCUCAACUGCCCAAGCCUCGCACCCUGCUGCGCAGCCACAAAUCUGGAGCCCCUUUGUGGACCACCAACCCCCCCAGGCCUUCGAUGCACGUCAGUCUCAGACCAGUCAGCCUGGGACGCCUCGGCUCUCUCCAACCUUCUCGGGGACAGACGCCUUGGAGCACCCUCAGGCCCAGCGAGUUCAUCGAGGGCCUUUCGGCUCGGCUGGGACCCUCGACGCCCACAGGUUCCCCUCUUACAGCUCCGCCUUCUCCUCUUCCAGUGAAAGCACCGCCUCCUCUUCCUCCCCCCCUGAAUCCUCCCUCUCCUAUCGGCCGGGGCUCGGAUCAGCAGGGAGAGGGCAGGAGAUAUGCAUCCACUGUAUGGAUAACCAGGUGAUCGCUGCCUUGGUUCCCUGUGGCCAUAACCUCUUCUGUCUAGAUUGUGCCACACACAUAUGCCAGGGUCCAGACGCUGUUUGCCCUGUGUGCCUGUCCCCAGUCACACAGGCCAUUCAGCUCCGUAACAUGUGAUUUCGAUCCAUUUCCUGAUGAGGGAUCAGCCUCCCCAACACUUCAAAUUCAUAAUGUGUGGGGAAAUUACAAAACUGGCCCCAAAUCAGUGUCUAGGUGUGUCCUCACCCCUGUUUUGUCCAAGCUGGUGUUUGGUUGACAAAGGUGAGAAAGAAUAGGUGACUUAAGAAUGAUCUGUAUUUAGGGCAUGGGUUAGGGUGUUCGGCCCGUUCAUGUGCCUGAUAUUGUGAAGUCUUCUUCCAUGAUUGAUUGAUUUGAUCAAUGGGAGGGUUGGAAACCCUCUGUGUAGCAUUGGGUGGGGCGGGAUAUAUAUAUUUUUUGCUCAUUGUGAUUUUUGAUUUACAUUUUCUUCUCCCUGAAGCAUCUGGUUAUCAGUUUCUGCCUACCUGUAUUUUAUCAAAUUGUUUAUAUGUACUUUGAAUUAUAUUAGAUACAUAAUGUUGGCUUUCGGGUCAAAGAUAUUUUUUUGUCUACAUCUCAAAAUUUUUGUCCAUUUUUUUAAAUUUUAUUUUGCUGCUACAGUUGUUUUUAUGUGCUGAAAUAUGGCCCCAUUGCCUCAUUUGUUGUGCUCACGGCAAACUUUAAGGAAAGAAAAGAAGUGAGCAUGUUUACAUAUAGUGAGUCCCACAUAUGAAUAUGUAUAAACUAAUAGUAUUUUCCUGGUUACCACAGAUUUUAAAUGCCUACCGCGGUGAACUGGAAACAACGUACACAUGCUGCAUUAUCCUGGCAAGAGCCACUCUAUCCCAGAUAAUUUGCGUAAAUAUUAUCAGGCUAGGGAAGUGCACCUUUAAGCAGGAUAUGAUGUUUACACGCUCCAGAUCAUAAAUCAGAAUUUCUGAAUUUUUAAGAGCAUAUUGAUACACAUGCAAACCCACCCACGGAGAGUUUUUAAACCAAGUGGGUCAGACCUGCAACUACAAAAAAUGUCACACUCCAGUGAGCCUUUCUCAUAGCAGACAUUUUGACUUUUCAUAGUAGGAAAAGCACAGGCGGAACUAAUAACAUGAGCGAUGGCACUGUUAAAUCCAAGGGCUGCAGUGAGAGUGACAGUGAGCAAGCAUUCAGAGCAGCUAAAUGGAAUUCAGCCAUCAUUUAUUGUAUUUUUUUUACACCCAUGUUGUUCCUACUGUGAUGUGUCAAAAUGCCAUCUUUGGAAAAGGCCUAUGGCAACCUCUUGUUGCCUCAGGUUUCUCUUUCCCAGACCAGAGUCUGCGGAUAAAUCCUUUUUUUCUAGAGUACCAGGACGUUACAGGCAUUCUGUAUUGCCACGUUGCUUCCCAUUUCUACUUUUAAAGAAACUGUUUACGGUAAACUCGUGCCUGAUUCCGUUCUGUAAACAAAGAGAAACAACUGGUUCAGUGGACGUACAGUGUUGCUCUGUCUUAAAACAAACGUGGCCUUUUUUUGGAAAGCCUGUAAUUAACUGACAACACUAUCUACAAAUCCAGAUUUUGGCUCGAUAGAUCACAAGCUGACAGACCGAGGUCUUAAUGUAUUCGUUAAAGUUCAAUCUCUUAAAGGCAUCUCGGUGGAACAAAGGUAUUAUAUCACAGGGGUGCUUUCUUUUGCUUCCUAUUUCUGUUGAGCCUUUUUUCAAGUAUUUCCCACCUAUUGCUUUUAUCUUUUUUGCACCAGACACUCCCAUUUAGUUUAUUUCUGUUUCCAUCUUUAUUUUCCUUCUCAUUGUUUUUUGCCUUUUGGUUUAUUUCUCGAGAACAUCCUAGUAUGGGGAAACCGUGUGCUGAUUUUCAGCCAGAAAGAUGUGCACAGCUUGUCCCUAUGGAAACAUUCCUCCACCCCCCCUAUUGCUGUCACUUAUGAAGAUGGUAGGAGUAUGGCUAGGUUAGUGGAACCUCACCUGGGAGCCAAAAAAGCUGAUAUUCUUUGAAACUCUGCUACGAAGAGAGCUGUAAUCUGGAAAAAAAAAUCCUCAGCCAUCUCAAUAUUACCAUUUCCUUUCAUUGGAACUGCUCCACCCAGUGGCCGCUCCUCACAGCCAUUUUGUGUCCUCAUUGGUGAGCAUAAUUCUAUUGGGAUGCAAAAUUGAGACCGUGUCUACCAGGCCUAUGCAACAAUCAUCUCAGUAUCUUAACUCGAGGAAGCACUAGAUCAAUAAAACUACUUUGGUUUUAAUCACAGAGCUCCAGACAUCUUGGGGGUAAAGUUGUAGACGGACAUCUUCCCUCUGUUUUUCCUACUGUGUUUGAGUCGGGGUUCAUUAGCUGCUCCAAUGCACUGAUGAGAUGUUUCGAAGGCACACGCUUUGCUUGUCAUGUCUCAUCAGCUCAUUUGUUUACUGUCCUUCCCCAUAUCUUAUCACUUUAUUGACAAGUUUGGAUCCAGAACACAGGCUGACCCCCACCUUCCUUCGUCCGACCAGUAAAGAAAAGGUACAGAUUCAUCUCAGAUCUUAGCUUUAAACACCUGUGUCUCUAGACUUUGACAGGAUUGAAUGAGUUGACGGACACUGCGAAGGGGAAGCAGCUGGAAUGAUUUCACCAUAAACCGUGCUGACGCUACAUAAGGUCAAUGCUGUUGCUUUACUUUGUGGACAUUGGACCACAGUCCGUCUAGCAUUCCAGCUGUUAAUAGUAUUUGGGAGUUAUUCUAUUGCUUGGCUCUGUUUUUUUAAAUAUCAUCCGUCGGGGAUGAUUUGAGUUUCCUCGAGGAAAUUGAACAGAAUGAGUCCCAAAAGUGCAAAAAAAAACCCCAUCUGCUUUUGUCCCCUCGGGUCUUCUCUCCGUCCUUUUUAUUUGACUUCUCUCAGCUCUACGAGGAGUUGAUCUCUCUUUGCUCUCUUACUCUCUCUGAGGGAAUGCAAUACACUGUCGGCCCUCGGUUUAUUGACAUGAAUCUAUUGACAUUUUUGUGUAUGUAUUAUACGAUAUUACUGUUAAUGACUGAUAAAUAUACAGAACUUAUUUUUAUUUUGUUACAUUUCAUAUAUAUACAUAAAUAUAUCUAUAUUAAAAUGUUUACAGUAAGAUUUUUAAUUUUUUUUUUUUUUAACUUUUUUUUUCUGAGUGAUCAAGUGAAUGAAGAGUUGGAAACCCAGAGAUGAUGCAGGAGGAAGAGGGUGUCAAUGCUAUCUGCUUGUAGUCUAGUUAUUAGUUUACAGUAUUGAUGAUAAUAGUAUUGAUAGCUGCCGUUUUAACCUAGUGGAAAAUGGAAUGUGCAUCACGAGCAUGUCUUCAUAAUGUACCGCCAAUGUAAAACGUCACACUGCAACUGUACAGAGGCCAAGGAUUCAAGCUGCCUGUCAUGUCUGUACGCCACCAAAUUAAGAACGGUAUACUGUACAAUGUAUCUUAGAUUAUCUAUAUAUAAAUAAUACAUAUAUUGUUAAGAUGUACCAACAGUUCAAAGUAUUUGCUAAUUUUACUACACUUUUGUUAUGUAUAUGUAGGGGGAGUCUUAUGGCAUAUAAAUUCUUCAAAUUGAGUCAGGAGUUUAAAAGCAGACUAUAUUUUAUAACGGCCUUUUAAGUUAUUGCGGCCAAAGCACUGAUAUUAUAUAUUUGCUGUAAAGAGAAUUUAAGAGUUUUAUUUUUCUGAUAUUAAAGUUACUUAAUAAAGACGGUUUCAUUUUA